GAACAUAAAUUCCAUAGGUGGGGGUAAUGCCAAAUUAAGGGUUUAAAUUAAGAGCUCAUCCUGAAGUUCAGCCAGAGCUCUUAAGAACUUUCUUCGUGUGGAUUACCUACCGCUCUCUCAACCUUUCGAGAUACUCAACACUUCCAAAGAUGGCUUACCUUAAAACCGCUUCUUUGAGCGUCCUCAUACUCGUCGCGUUUCUCGUGGAGACCGAUGCGGUGCGUUGCUGUCUUAAGUACAGGAGACGGCCUCUAGACUGUCGACACCUGAAAGGCUUUGACAUUCAGAAAAUGACUGGCAGCUGUGAUCUGCCUGCGAUAAUCUUCCAUACAAAGAAUGGAAAGUUGGUCUGCGCUGAUCCUGAGCGACAUUGGACACAGGACAGAGUUGAGUGCCUAAGAUUGAAGGCUGCAGAAGUGAAGAGUGGAGGAUUUUAAUGCUUUAAGAAUGGCAAAAUGGAAAGGCUCUUCAGGAGAUGAUUUAUUUUUAUAUUAACUGUUUUCUUAUUUGAUAAUGAUAUCUUAUAUUCUAUAUAUUGGCAUUACUUAAGCGCACUUUACUGAAAUAUAUGUGUAUAUAUACACAUGUAACUUUUUUUUUUUUUUCUUUUCUUUUUUGAACAACCAAAACAACAACAAAAAGGGAAUACACUUAUACAAAUAAUCUCUUCCCAGCCCAACUUAUCAUAAAGAGAGAGAAAAAGAAGAAAAAAAGGGGGGUGGUUGUCCAAGAUAAUUUAUAUUAAAGUAAAAAUAAAGUGAAAAAUUCUGUAUCUAUAAUACAGGUAUGGUGGAUUUUAACUCUUUGUAUAGCUGCUAACUAAUUUAGUACACAAUGUUAUUACUUAUUCAGAUUAUUUAUAUUUUACCUAUAAGCACUUAUGUAUUGACAUAAAUUAUAUUUUUUUGAUAUUGUACACAAAUGGCUUUUAAGGUUUGGUAUUUUUUUGUGGAAUGAUCUGUGCUGCCCUCUACUGUUAAAGCUAUGCCAAUAUGACAACGUAGGAAAUGUUUUUCCAUCUUUGCAUUGUAAUAAACAUUUUAUACCAUUGUACAGAUCAAUAGUUUGUUUUCUAUUACAUUUAUCUUAUAGCCUAUGUAGUUUUGAAUAAAGGUCUGUAAUUUCA